AUGAGAAGCCUUCUCAGACCGACAAAGUCAUCUAAAGCUACACCCCAGAAGCUGCAAGAAACAAGCCUCGGCAGAGCAGGAUUCUCCCAAGAGAUAGAUACCGGCGCGUCGAAAUCUUCCACCGCCUCUUGCUUUCCAGAUGGAACGAGGCUUCUGCACGACUGCUCGGAUGCAAUCGUAGAUAUCUGCUUUGUUCACGGAUUGACCGGGGACCGCGAUAGCACCUGGACGGCCGACGGAAAAUCCACCCCGUGGCCGAAGACAUUCCUCCCGUCGAAACUCCACCGGGCUCGCAUUCUGACUUAUGGCUAUGAUGCAUAUAUAACUCGAAAAGUGGUUGCAUCAUCGAACCGGUUGAUCGAUCACGCUACCAACCUUCUCAAUGAUCUAGUAACCGAUCGAUUCGCAUGUAAUGCAUCAUCUCGCCCGCUCAUCUUUGUCGUACAUAGCCUAGGUGGUCUUGUCUGCAAAAAAGCUAUCCUUCUUUCGCGGAAUAACCCUGAGCCUCAUCUUCGGGAUAUAUUCGAUAGUACCAAGGGCGUCAUAUUCAUGGGCACUCCCCACAAAGGAGCCUGGAUGGCGGACUGGGCCAAGAUUCCCGCUUCUGUAUUUGGCCUUGUGAAGUCAACCAAUACAACGUUACUGGAUGUUUUGAAGCGAGACAGUCAGCUUCUUCAAUCGAUUCAAUUUGAUUUCUUAGCUAUGGUCCGCCAGUUAAGAGAAGAUGGCAGGAGAUUUGAAGUAACCUGCUUCUUUGAAGAACUUCCCAUGCCUAUUGUUGGACAGAUUGUGUCUAAAGAGUCAGCCACCCUUGAAGGUUAUACGCCCCUUAGUAUCCAUGCAAACCAUCGAAAUAUGGUCAAGUUCAGGUCUACCGAAGAGAAUGGGUUCAAGAGGUUACUGGGAGAGUUGAGUAGAUGGAUCGCACAGCCUUGUGAGGAUGCCCGCCUUUCAUCGAGAGUUUCGUCACCGAAUGAGCGGCGUUUGUUUGAUGCUGGAGACCGAGCCUGUCUGCGGGAUCUAUUUAUAACCAACCCCUGCGAUGACAAGAGUCGCAUUGAAAGAACCAAGGGAGGGUUACUAAAAGAUUCUUACCGCUGGAUCCUUGAUAACAACCAAUUCAAAGAUUGGUGCUACAAUCAAGAGCAAAGGCUGCUCUGGAUCAAGGGUCAUCCUGGAAAGGGCAAAACAAUGCUCCUAUGCGGAAUCAUUGAUGAGCUGAUCAAAAUGACGCCUGACACUACUCUCAUUCUAUUUUGUUUCUGCCAGUCGGCUGACGCACGAGUAAAUAAUGCCACAGCAAUCCUACGGGGAAUAAUCUUUCAACUCGUUGACAAGCUACCGAUGCUUAUCCCCUAUGUGCGACGACAAUAUGAUCAGAUCGGGAAACAAUUAUUUGAGGGUAUUAAUGCGUGGGACGCUUUAUCCAAGAUCUUUUCCGACAUCUUAGAAGACCCGAUAUUAUCUGGAUCCUACAUCAUCAUUGAUGCGCUCGAUGAAUGCAUAGAAGGCAUGCCUCUACUUCUUGAUUUGAUUACUCAGAAGUCAUAUACGUGCUUGAAUAUCAAGUGGCUUAUCUCAAGCCGUUAUUGGCCAGCAAUCGAAGAGCAGCUUUCCAUGGUUAACCAGGAAGCAAUGCUUUCGCUGGAGUUAGUUGAUGAGGCUAUUUCCGCAGCCGUCGCUACAUACAUCCACUUUAAAGUCCAAAAGCUGGCUGAGCGGAAGAAAUAUGAGGACGGAGUUCGUGAAACAAUUUGUCGUCAUUUACUGUCAAACGCACAUGGCACCUUCCUCUGGGUAGCCUUGGUCUGCGACGAGCUAGCUAAAGCAAGAAAGUGGAACGCUCUUGAACUCCUCGACACCUUUCCCCCGGGACUUGAACCUCUCUAUAGGCGGAUGGUUGAACAGGUUCGCGGCUCACAAGAGAUCGAAAUUUAUGAACGAAUCCUACGCGUCGUCAUAGCUGUGUACAGACCAAUUACACUAGAAGAACUUCCAGCAUUAGUCGACAUACCCGAUGGUGUCUCUAAUGAUAACGAAUUCUUGACAGAAGUGAUUGGAGGUUGCGGCUCAUUUCUCAUCCUUCGAGAACGUGAUAUCUUCUUCGUUCAUCAGUCCGCAAAAGACUUUCUACUCGAAACCCCAUUGAAUGAGACGUUAUUGAGCAAGUCGCACGCCCUAACCCAGAUCCGUUAUGUGCCUUAG